UCACUUGUUAGUUGUUCAACGGAGAGUUCGAGACUAGUUGAGAGCCGGUGGCUGACAAGUGAGCACGUUAUCCACGACUCAUAUAAUAUGGCUAUCCAAGUUAAAUACUGAAGUUGUUCAUCAUAGUGCGUCAUGGCUCGCAGCACGGUACUUGCUUUCUAUCUGAUCGCAACUGGCUUGACUUAUGGGUUUAAUGGAGACAGUUUUGAGCUGGAGUGUCCGGACGAGUGCGACUGCCACUACUUCAGGAUCAACUGGGUCACCGACUGCUCCGAGAGCAACCUGACAGAAGUGCCGUACGAUGAGCUCAGCCUCAGCGUAUACAUCUUGGACCUGAACGGAAACAACAUCACCGACCUGAAACCGUUCCCCGGUGACAUCAAAAUGAGAAGACUGCAGAUAGCGGACAACCGCUUGACGAAGGUGAAUAAAGAGGCUUUUAAGGGAUUGGAGUAUCUGAUAGAUGUCGAUUUAUCAGGGAACAACAUCAGCUACGUGGAUCCGGAAGCCUUUUUGGACUCGCGAGGACUUCUAAACGUUGAACUUCAAGGCAACCCCUUAACCGUAGUGGAGGGACCGUUCCUAGCGUCCGCUACGCUGCAGUACCUAGACAUCAGCUCGUGCAACUUGUCAUCAAUCAACCCGCAGUUUUUCGACAACAUUACGACACUGACUACUGUCGACCUUUCAAACAAUCCCCUCAAAACUUUGGAAGCAGGAGUUUUCGAUGUACUCACAAGUUUGGAGACAUUGAAACUUAACGACUGCAAACUCACUGCGAUAUCAGAAAAUGCUUUCUCAUCUGCAAUUAAUAUUAAAUAUCUGGAGUUGUCUGGCAACCAUUUUACUAAUACGGAUUGGCCGGAGGUCCUUGGCAAGCUGCUCAGACUCGAGUAUCUCAACUUGCGGAAGUCCAGGCUGACUUCACUGUCUGAAGACACGUUCUCUAAUUGCACCAAUUUGGUCACGCUCAUUUUAGCUGACAACGAAUUACGUGACUUAGAUGUCGCCGCCACCUUGGGUAAUAGCGUCACUCACCUGGAGGAAUUGGAUCUAUCUAACUGUAAUAUACAGGGACCCAUUUCUGGCGAAACAUUUACAAAUGCGUCUCGACUGAAACGUUUGUAUUUGUCUGGGAAUCCUUUGGUUGCAGCAGACUUGCAGGCGGCACUGGAACCAUUACCUACACUUGAACGACUAUUUUUGAGCAAUUGUGGCCUUCGAGACCUCCCAGACAACUUUAAUGUUUUCGACAAUUUGUUAGAGUUGGACAUAUCUUACAAUCCUUUAGAAAAUGUAUUUACUAAGCUUUUGGCACCCUUAGAGAAAUUAGAAUAUUUGAACAUGGGUUACAGUAACCUGUCUUACGUCGGUCCGGACACGUUCUCGAAGAUGACGGCAAUGAAGAGGCUGGUGCUCUCCGGUAACGAUCUCUUAUCUUUAGAAGCAGGAUUGUUUGGAAACUUAACGCAACUCACCACAAUAGAACUAGAAUUCUGUGGUUUAAAGAGACCUUUGAACGGACUGGCAUUCUUUAAAAACUUAACAUAUAUGGAUUUGCGUGAGAUUCGACUAGGUGGGAAUCCAUUAGUAAUACCGCCGUCUGGACCUAUAUUCCCUAAACAAUUAUCACAAGUAUCCAUUCUGGACUUGAGCAAUUGUAAUAUUACAUCUCUUAACGUAGAUGCUUUUAAGAACACAGAGAAUAUCACUGACCUUAACUUAGGCGGGAAUCGGUUAAGAUCGGCUGACGCAAGCUUGUCGUUCUUAGAGAGGUUGCGUCAUUUGGAGAAGAUUAACCUAAGCAAUAACAACCUUACUACAAUAGAUCCAGAUGUUUUUGCCAACAACCCCAAACUUCACUCACUGAAUUUGCUCGGCAAUCCCUUCAUAUGUGACUGUAAGAUUGCUGAGAUGUGGGACUGGGCUAACAUGAUAAAGGGAGAUCUAGACGUUUUGAUAGGAGCUAAGAGCGCAGAGAAAGACAUCGUAGUCAAAGGCAACAAGAAGAAGAAGCAUCUGUAUUGUCACUACAAUGAAACUCAGCUUAGAAACAUGACUACUAUGGUCAAUAAGACAGUACCUGGUAGAAGGCCUUUCGCUAAGCCCAGAGAAUUGACAUUCGCCAACAGAACUUGGGCCAAGUACGUGAGAGAAUCUGGCUGCGAGCCAGUCGUCAAAAUACUGCGACCGAUAGCGUUAGUCGGAGAAUCUUUCGAAUACAGUCAGAGUAACAAUAUAACAGCUGGUGUCACUGUAGUAGCCAUCAUGGCAUUAGGCUUAGGGGUCGCUACACUUCUCAUGACUAUAAAACUCUUCAGGCGAAAGACCGUUGACGAAGCGGACACAGAGACAAACAGAAAAGUGAGAUAGCAGUCGAGAAGGUGACUGCGCGCCAGUGCCACUGUCCAUUUAGUUGUUAAAUAUAAUCGUAACUUAUUUUUGUACCCUCAUGUCUCAUCUUUGUAAUAGUCUCUCUAGAGGUAACAAAAUUUUUGCAAUGUUUCGAAUUUAUUGACACUUAUUUAUGUUAUGUUACUAGUCACAUAGCUUCGAAUGAGGUCAUGAUUCUCAUGCGGUUUGUGAAGUUAUAGCUUAUGUUAAGUACCUUUCAGUAUUUAAUAAAUAAAAUACAUUUAUUAUUUUUGAAACA